AGUUUUUUUUCUACCCUGAAGCGAUGGAGGCAUUCUGCUGGUACGUGCGAUUGUUGAAGAUGUGUGUCUUCUAGUGUUUGAGUGGUUUUGUUGCCGGUUGGAAAAGAGUUUCUACCAGAAUUUUUCUUUCCAUACGAGUAACUCAUCGUUCCCGACAGAAAAGGAUCAUAUGCGAGUGCCGACGACAUUCACGUGUGUGCGUGAGUUCGCGACAAUUUUUGUGUUCAGCAGCCACUAAUUGCGUGUGAAUGUAAUGGAGGCGACAACAGCAGCAUGAAGUGAAGUGGAAUUAAAAUUGUGUUUCGAAACGAGCAAUCAAAGGAAGGAUAAAAGCUAGAACGAGCAGCGUGUAACGUGUGUAACGACUUAACGUGUUUGUGCGUGUGUCCUUUCUCACGACGUAAGGAAAAACGGAUAUUGUACCGUGGAUGGGAGCGUGAAUGUUUUACAAUCGCCCCAUCCCAUCCGAUGGAUACACCUUUCCCGGCCGGAAACGGAUUAAUGCUUCCGGCGAAAAGGAAGGUGCCGAUCGUGUCCCGUAUUUUAGUCACGUGUUAACCAAGUUCUUCCCGAACGUUGCUGCAAUCCGUCCGUGUGUGUGGCGCGCGCGCGUUUGGCCACCGCGCAAUGGCCAUCCCUUAAGUGUGUGUGAGUGUGUCCCCGAUAGCGUGUUGGGAAAACUCGUUGUGCCUUUCCGCGGACGGUAUCGAUUUUCUUCUCCCAUUUUCCCUCCUCCCUGGGGGAAAAAACGCCGGGUUACAGUUUUGGGGGAUCCUUCGAUUCGAGACGGGGAGUGAGAAGAAGGCAGAAAACCCAAAAAGUUUUGUUGUGUCCACUGCCGGUGGUGUGUGCGUGUGUGUGGGAACGAGUUUCGGAAGGAGCCAAAAGAAAAAGGUUGUUGGAAAGUGGAAGCAUUUGUUAAUCGAAAAAUUCGAGUGCAGUUUACGGCGUUAGUGGAAGGUGUUUUUUGCUAAUUUUCUAAUUACAUUAUUUUCUCGGUGCAUCACGUGUGUGUUUAAAAUAUAUAUCAGCAGAAGGAUCCGGUUGUCCUUUUGCCUUACGCUCUGUGGAAAAUCUAUCUGGUAGUGGAAAAUCUAUACGUAUUAGUUUUCCCGUGCACGUUCCGCCCAAGGGUGCGGAGUAACAAUAUCGGUUAAAGGCGAUAAAUCUACGUAAAAGCAGGUUCGGACACACCUCGGCGAACAUCGAGGUGACUCAAAGAGGGAACAGCGCAAGCGAACGAUAUGGACAUCGGAAUGGAUCGGAGCGGUACGGAUGCCGGUGUUGCCACCAUUGGCUCACUGUUUCAGCACAUCGUCAACGAGAUGAAGAACUCGAGCCCCCUGUGGGAAGACUUCAUUGCCAAAGCGACAAAGCUACAUGCAUGCUUAAGGGCUACAAUUCAAGCGUUGGCGGCCUAUUUGGAUGCAUUCCAAAAAAUUGCAGAUGCUGCCACCAACUCUCGAGGAGCCACCAAAGAAAUUGGAACGGCACUAACACGAGUCUGCCUCCGGCAUAAGGCGGUCGAGAGCCGGAUGAAGAACUUCACCACCGCCAUCAUGGACUGUCUGGUGGUGCCGCUGCAGGAGAAACUGGAAGACUGGAAAAAGCAAGUGACCAUUAUCGAUAAAGACCAUGCCAAAGAAUACAAGCGGUGCCGGGCGGAGCUGAAGAAGCGCUCGAGCGACACACUGCGGCUGCAGAAGAAGGCGAAGAAGGGUGCCGCCGACAACCUGCACGUGCUGGUCGAAUCCUCCAUGCAGGAUGUAACGUUGCGCCGCUGCGAGCUGGAGGAGGUCGAGCGAAAGUCACUGCGGGCGAUCAUGGUCGAGGAGCGGACGCGGUACUGCACCUUCGUCAACAUGCUGCAACCGGUGGUGCACGAAGAGUGUGAGGUUAUGUCCGAGCUCGGUCACCUACAGGAAGCCAUGCAGUUGAUAGCGAUCGUCACGAAGGAUCCCGCCCAACUGCCGCAAGCCUCGGAGGAGCUGAUCCUCGAGUCGAAGGCCAACAUUAGCCUGUACCCGGAUUCGCCCGGCGGCUCCAACUCGCAGGGCGGCUGCUCGAACUCGCUCGGUUCGCGCAAGAGCUCCGUCUGUUCGAUCAGCUCGAUUAACAGCAGCAGCAGUGGAUCCCCGGGCCACCAUCAGUUCCAGCGAUCGCUAUCGCAGUACUCCCCGGCGAUACGUUUGAAACCCGGCGAAUCGAGCGAUAGCGGCUUUUGCUCUUCACCAGCUUUAACUUCACAGGCUUCCACCUUAGCUAGUCAAUCACAUGCGGUAUCAACGUGGCCACCACACACACAGGAUGCAACGUCGACAGUCGACCGUCCGCACACGAUUUCGUCCGCGUACGAGAAGGGCCAUCAGCGACCCGCCCUCACGGUGUACACCUUCCAAAGUCCGGAAACGAUCGCCGAAACGCAAAAAUCACCGGCCAACGUGGCCUGCCGACCACCGCUACCAGUGCGUUGUUCCUCGCUGGAGAGACCACUGUCGACGACGUCCGUGAAAAAUGCCAACCCUAACGUGCCGCGCCAGUGUCCGUCUCCAAUUCCAGCGCACAUUACCAAAGAACACCCUCAACUCCAGCCCACCUACGUCAAUAUGACGGAAUUGGCUUCGAUGGCUGCUUCUAAAACCACUAACAACAGCAACACUGUUAACAACAACAACCACCACCACCAUACUACAGCAUCCAGUAGUGGCGGCAAUAAUGGCGUCGGCAGUAGCAACACGCCCAACAAUGGCCAGCAGCAACCGGUCCCGUCGAGCGCGGCAUCGUCCCAUGCGCACGUGCUGUUCCAGCAACCGAACUCGCCCGUACUGUCGUCGGCCUCGUCGCUCAUCUCGCCCGACUCGAAUGCGACGAACGCGAUCAGCUCACCGGACGUGUCGGCGUGCAGUACGCAAACGCCGCAGAACACACCGCAGACCGGUUCGCCCGGUACGCCCAACUACAGCAGCAUCGGUGGCGGUGCCAUCAAACUCGGGUUCCGCAGCACGACGCCAUCCUCUACGGGCGGUGGCACGACGGCCGUAACGCCCAGCGAAAGUAAUAUUGACACUUCCUCCAACCACACGAUCACGAUCGACGACAACGAGGAGCAUUUCAAUACGAGCACCUCCGCGUCCGCAAACAUAACAUCUGCCACCAUCAGCACUUCCGAUACUACCACCAUCACCACCACCACUACCACCGCAACUAGCGCUACUAACAAACCAUCUCCUCCUCACUGUUCCACCGCCGCCGCCACUAGCACGCUCAGCACCGCGGGCGGCGCUGGUGGUACACCGUCGAAAAGCGUGCUCGAUAAGGAUAAAGAUAUACUCAAACGUACCGGUUCAGUUCUAGAGAAAACGUCCAUGUUCGAGCAGCAGAUCAACAACAACCAGCUGCACCAGCCGACACUACCGAUCCAAACGCAGCAACAGCAGCAGCAGCAGCUGAGUGUACCGACAUCACCGAACGCACUGUACGGGCGACGGACGAACGAAGAAAUCUACAAAUCCGCCGGUCAGUUGCUGCUGGAUCGCGAUGCAGACUGCAUCGACAAGCAAACGAUCGAAGAACUAAACAAUCUGAUUGGUGAAUUAGAUCUCUUUCAACGAGAGCACGAAAGCGCUCUGCUAGCUCAACAGCAGCAGCAGCAGCAACAGCAGCUUCAUCAUCCACACCAUCCACCACAGCUGCACGCACGGCACCGAUUUUCGAACGGGGUCGCAUCCGACGGGACGACCGAUUCCGAUACAAUCCUAGCGAAUGGCGUCAAUAACAACCAUCAUCAUCAUCAUCAUCACGGUUCGAUGGUGUCCCGGAACGCAGGUGGUUCCAAUGGGUUGCUCGAUGCAGAGGAUGACGGUCUGCAGAUGGAGCAGCAGCGGACCACCGGCACGGCGGACCGGCUCCCGUCAUCGAUCUCAUCCAGCAACAGCAAUCUGGACGAAUACCUGAGCAACCAUCAGGCGGGUUCGGUCGAGGAGACGAACGGUUCGAUGACGAACCUGGCGGCCAAAUACAGUAACCACAGUGUGGUGAGCGACGAUUACCCAACCGUAGGCCAGUACCGGCGGACACCACCACCGUACACCACGCAACCGCAAGCGCACCAUUCGCUCGGGCUGAGCGCAUCGGCCGGUGGUUCCACCCAAGGGCUGGACGGCACCACCGGGUUCGAGAAUCCUUCCUUUAUGAUGGAAAAUUACUACGCCCAGAACCGUAGCGAGGUGGUUGUGCUGCGCUGCAAGGACACCAGCCGCAACAGUCUAAACAAUGCGCCGGACGAUCUGCUCACCGGUAGCGGAUUGAUGCAGCUGAACGGCACACCGGUGGACAAUUCGCAGCAUCCGCAGCAGCGGCUAAGUUCGUUCCGCGUGACCAACUCUAGACCGGCGUCACCCGCCUCGAUGUCAUCGUUCUUUGGCAUUAGCUCACGCUCGCCAACGCCGUCCCUUUCGCUACCGGUCACGGCAAACUCGUCGCCGCAACACCUUCACCAUCAUGCCCACGGAGGCGGAGGUGACGCGAAUGACCCAUCGUCGGUGGUGGCGGCAGGGUCCAAUUCCAAUCACCACCAUCCGGCCGCCAGCUCUAGCGUCGCCACGGCAGCACCGACCCCACCGUACGACGAUCGUAUCAAUCGCAAUAAACCCGCCAUCACCCCGAGACCUGCAUCGUUAUCUGGACCAACCCGGGUCACCCGACGGGCGUCGGUCAACACCGUGAAACCGCCACCGCCAGUCCGGCGCAGCUCAAGCGUAACGCCUAGUCCUAGCGUAGGAACUAAUUCCACUACCACCACAAAUCUUGCCCAGCAAAGCCUAGCUUACACCUCAUCAGAAAGUUUACCACCACCACCUGCUUAUCUGUUAGAUUCGGCCGCCGGAAGUUCACCUAGUAUUUCAGGAAAUGUUGCGGGCACGGUGAAGGCUCUGAAUGAGAUAAGGCACACGCCGGCCAGUCCGAGCGUGCUGCGAAGGGCUCAGCAGCAGCAGCAAAGCAAUCCGCCCUCGAAUCAAGGAUCACCUACGCAAUACGGUACCAAUCUGUACGGUACUUUACCCUCCAAGCAUGGUCACGAUCACAGUACUGUCACAGCAUCAUCGCCUGCCGCUGCGCCUGUGCAGCAAACACACUAUCCUCCAUCUCAACACCAUCACCCCAGUACACCACCAAACUCAUUCCAUGCCACUGAUAGUAACAAACCGCUAUCGAAUCGAUCUCCGAAAACGAAUCUCCACCAACAGGGAGGGAUAUACGCACAACCGAAACAACUAUCGACCAUGUCCAGCUUCCGUACCUCAAGUCCUGGUCCCCAGAAACCAAACAGUAGCUUCCUCGCACAACUGAAUGCCAAGAUAGCACCGAACAAAUCAUCCCAAUCACCGUCACCUGUGCCCUAUCAGCAGCAGCAGGCAAACAACUACGGUUACACGACCGCUCCUCCGUCCGGCAGUGAGCUGAUCUACCAACGAUCCACCCCGGUUGAUCCGCGAGCGUACAACAAUAAUCAGCAGCAACAGCUGCAACAGCAGCAGCAGCAGCAGCAAUACUACCACCAAUCGCAACAGCAACACCAGCAGCAACCUCCGCCGCAUCCACCACGAGAGGGUAAACACUCAAUCUAUUCCGCCGCUAAUCAAACCUCUUCACAGCAACACUACCAGCAGCACCAGCAGCAGCAGUACUAUCACAAUCAGUAUCCAACGCAGCAGACCCACCAACAGCUGCAAUAUCAGCAACAACAAUCCUCGCCCUACUACUACCAACAGCAGCAGCAGCAGCAACAAGCGCCUCAAAAACAGCCCCAGUACGGUCACGUGUUGCCCCCGGCGGGAGCUGCUAGUAGCAGUAGCAGUAACAGUGCAUUGGCCGGUGGAAGCUACGCAACGCAAAACAUUUACGUCUCGACGAACCCGUUCGUCAGUUCCGUCCAAACAUCGGCUGGUGGUGGUGGUGGUAGUGGCGUUGCUUCCGUCGGUAGCUACUCCCCUUCGUCCUUCGGUAAAGGCGCACGUCACCACGACGAUGUGGCUGCCAGUGGUGGCGCUAGUGGCAGUAGCACCCCAAACCGGACAAAUCAUCACAGCCGCAACAGUUCCGCAAAUAAUAAUGGGGCCGCUGCUGGCGGGGGUUCUGCACCGGGCGGCUCAGCAACGCACAACGUGCUGGCGAAAACUAGUGCCGGAUUUCUGGAGAAUCUAAACGCUCGUCUCGCCGAGCAACGACUUUCGGGCAAAGCGUUUGCCGUUCGGAAUCUUAUCAACAGUAAAGCGCUGCCCGAUCCCCGUGUCUGUCACGAAUCGCUGAUGGAUCAGAUCAAGCGUGGCGCAACGUUAAAACGCAACCGUACGAUCAACGAUCGUAGUGCACCGAAAAUCCAUUAGAUUUCUUCCACGCACGCUUUAUCCGCACGACACAGCGUGUGUGUAAGGCUUUAGAGCGUCAGGCAGCAGCGUCAGUUGGUCCCAACUACACCCCGUCGCAUACGGGGAAUAUAAAUGUACGUGUGUGAGUGUGUGUUCGUUCCUGAAUAAUGCGUUCGAGAUGAUGCGAACAUUGUAAAGUUAACCGUCAGCAAACUGUGUGUAAUGUUAAGAGAGAAGCUAUACUGAAGCACUAUAACUGAAUGUAACCCAAUGAAGGCUGAAGAAGAUGCAUAUCGUCUCUAGGCGCGACUCGCGACGAGGGUUUCGCCAAAUCUCAAUUUUCUGGUUCGAUGGAUGGAUGGCGGCCGACAGCAGCAGCAGUACCUUCAGGAAGGUUAAGGUAUUUAUGUGCGUUACUAGUUUUGUGGUUCCCCUUUCGAAUUAAAACCUAAAACUGGUCCUUAAAGCCGAGAUGUGGUGCGUGAAAACUGAAAUCGCUUUUGUUUGAUUCCAGUUAUUGUGAAAUCUCAAUCAAAUCCAAUUCCUAUAUUAAUUUCUUCAAUUCGCUCAAAGGAUCAAGGCUCACCAGUAAGUGAUCCCCAAUUUCUAAUAUUUUUUUCUCAAACAACUUCUCUUCUAAAAAAUUACGUAUUUCAGUUAGAAAAAAAUCUUUAGUUAUCAAACACUCGAAUACCCAGUGUAAUAAAUGUAUGUUUGAAUGGAGUGUAACGGUGUGUAGCGUAAUCGAAACCAGUCCAGUCCAACAACAAACCCAAAAGCACAAAAGCAAACAGAAAAAAGAGAAAAAGAAAAUGAGCUGUGAGAACAUGCAAAAGGAGAAAAGAAAGAACAAAAAAACAUAUACCAUACCAUACCACACGUAUAUCAAUUAUCAACUUCAAUAUAUCAAUGCAAGUGCACAGUUGAAAGAAGGGGAAGACUUACGUAUCGAAGACGAUUUUUAAAAUGCUGCUACAAACUAACCCCGCUACUGCUACCACUACUACUACCGCUUCCUCUCGUUGAAUUGGUGACACUAUCAAGCCUUAUAACCAAACACUACCCCAGCAUCAUCUGCUUCCCGUGUUUUGAUGUGAGAAGAAACAAAAACAAACGUUCAAAAUUCGUUUACAGGGCGACAAUAAGCAAACAAAGCAACGGAUAACUAACCAGAAAAAAUCCCUCCCAUUUUACACUACAGUAGCAAACAAACAGAAUGAAAAAAAAACUGUGUAAAGAUGAACUGGAGCAGCUUUAGGCGGAGGGAAAAACUACUGUUGGCAAAGGAAAAUCGGUAACUAAUUCGUCCAAACAAACCAAUUAUCACAGGGGCAGGAGUUGUAGUAAGAAGUCUCCUAUUUGAAGAUCCCCGUCUUUUUGUUUGUUCGGUGAAGACUCGUACGUGUAAAUCCCGUAUAUAUUACACAAGCAAAAAUGAUCUUCACCUAACUAACGCACAUAGAACAGUUUUAAUAAUCUCCAUCCUUCUCCAUCCGCUCCGCGGUUUGAAAUAGCAUCAGAAAAAAAAGGAAAAUGCUCAUACCGAAAUAAAAAGGGUAACAAAACCUGGUAACACGACACGACACCAAACUGGUUAAAGACUGACACCUAAGACCAUGGGAAAAACCACACACACACACGCGCGCGCGUAGUAAUAUCUCUACUUUUCGUAAUUGAUGUGUCUUGUGCUGUUGUGGAGAGGAAAACACGUGUUCGAUCGAUCCUUCUCUUCGUAGUCCUACUGUUCAGAAAAAAUAACUGCUAAAACACGGACCCCCCCUCCCACCCCAUUUUUGGGUGUGAUGAACAGAAGAAGGAAAACAGAAGCAUAUUAUACAUUAUACACGACGAUACAGGAUGGUUGAUAGCUGAAGCUCCAGCGUUCCUACCUAUACACUACUACCGCUAGCAAACGGAACCGAACUCGAGCUGACCGUAAUCGUAGUAAAGCUAGCAAGUUCAGCUUAAUCAAGGCGCACGCAUAGGGUGUAGGAUUGCCAGUCUUCCACCAAAGAUGAGUCCACAGUGACGGAGACGCGUAAUGGGAAGAAGUGUGCCGGCGAAAACCAAAACCUUAGAACAAGAGAGGCUAUCUUUAUUAGAAGAGGAAAAUCCGGGCUCAAUUUUUGUUUUUAUACCGGUUUUUUUCUAUUUGUUUCCCUAUUUAUUUUUCACCUUUUUUGUUUUCCUUAUUUUUGUUUACUUUAAUUUAAUUCUCUUUUUUUGCUUGUCACAAGUUUACUAACUUUUCUUAACAAUUCGUGUAGUUUUUUGUUGCUCUCUUUUAUUCCUUUUUACUUUUCUUCCUUUAAUUUAUAGAAUUGGGAACAGUUAAACAUUUUCUAUUUGUAGUAGUUGUUUUGUUAUCAUUUUGUGCUUGCUCUUAUUUAUUUGCAUUUUUACGCACGCCAGCCUUUUUGUGUGUUUUUUUUUUGUUUUGAUCGCUUAUUAAUUAUUUUUUUGAGAUGAAUUAAUAUAAGCCUUUUUUUGUUAUCCCAAUUGUGUAAAUAAUGAAAAUCUUGCGUGUGUAUAAAUUUGCAUUUCGCUGUUUCGGACGUGUAACUAAUCGCCCCUCGCUACCGAUAGUGUGUAUCCAAAACGAGUUUUGGAAGGGAGUUUUUUUGUUUGUUUAAAAUUAUUCUACUGCAAUCAAAAACACGUUCGAGUGCGCACUGUGGAACAAAAUAUACAAACAAAAUGAUGCAUCAUGCAAAGAAAAGAGAAAGAUCAAAAUAAUGAAACUGCAGAAACCAUGCACAACAACACCACAUUGUUUUUGUCACCCGAAGGUGGCAACGAGGCAAGAAGAAAUGCCGUGAAGUGAAACACAAUAACUAGCUCCUAGCGGAUGUAAAUCGAGGCGAAGAAAAUGGAUAAUGUAAGCGAAGAACGUAAUGAAAAAAAAAUCAUUUAACAUUACUAUUAACUUAACUGCGGAAGAGCAAAAGCUAAAACUACACUAACCAAACAAACAAAAAAGGAAACAUCAUUUAACACGACGCGAUAAUAAGGAAUGGGUGGUGUAUGUCUGUGUGUGUGUGUGUGUAUAGGGAAGGCAAAAACACAUCAAAAACUUCUUCACACUCAUUGUAUUGAUCGAAAAGGAAGGGAACGUGUGUCUACAGUGGGAAAACAAACCUAUAUACAAUAUUAUUUUUAUACACGGGCAAUUAGCAGCAGUCAGCCACAACAAGUAAACUACGCAAGCAAACGUGAUCUGAGUUAGGUUGAGAGCCGCGUGGUAUGGAGAGGCCCCAGCCACAGUAAAAUAAUAUGACGACCGCGAACGGCCCCGUAACAACAACAUUAGCUCUAGUUAUAUACAUUACAUAUACACACACACUCACACGAACGCGCGCGCUCGCAUACAACAUAUUAUACAUAUUAUGUAUACAUACUAGGGGCACUGUCAGAGCGGUGCGGUCGGGCUCGAAUCAUAUGCUAGCAAGAGGACGUGGAAGCAGCAAAGCCGGAUAAUGUAGAUGUUUAAUAGCUGUAAUAGGGGAUGAGCUGCUACUGAUGAGCACUAGGAAUCCACGCCACGCUUAAGCACCGCUGCUGGGCUUAAGGAUCAAUCGAUGAUGGUUUGGCGUGAAUCUUGACAGGCAAAAAGCAGGCUUACGGGGUAGGAUGUAUGGUAAUUUAAAGCAGCAAAGGAAAAAAUUGUAACCAAUCACGAAAUGUGUUGUCAUCCGGCGAGCAGAAGGCAGAGGCAGAAAGAAGGAAAGAAAGUAAGUAAUAUUAAAACCAGAAGCAAGGAAAAAAAAACUACUGUAUCAUUGUACACUGAAAUAAAGGAAAGGAAGGAAAAUCAUUAUAUCAA